CCCCAGCCCCAGGCCGGCUCUGAAGUGAGGCCCUGGGAGGAGAGGUGGGGUCCCGCAGCCCUGUCCAAAGUGGCCCAAAGUGCAAGAGCAGUGGCGCUGGCAGUCCAGAUACACCAAGGAGAAGUGACCAUGACCUCCGAGAUCCCCAGAAAGGGCCUUCUGAUGCUGCUGGUGGCCUUGGGCCUAACCAAGGGAGGUGUGGUGAAGGCCUCCAGGGGUCAGCUGGUGAACUGCACUUGUGAGAGCCCACACUGCAAGAAGCCAACCUGCCAGGGGGCAUGGUGCACAGUGGUGCUGGUUCAUGAACAGGGCGGGCAACCCCAGGUCUAUCGGGACUGUGGGAAUAUGAACCAGGAACUCUGCUUGGGACGCCCCACAGAGUUUGUGAACUAUCACUGCUGCUAUCGAUCCUUCUGCAACCACAAUGUGUCCCUGGUGCUUGAGGCCACACAUACUCCUCCUGGAGUAGAUGACCAGCUGCAUCUGAUCUUGGGCUCCGUGCUGGCCUUGCUGGUCCUGCUGGUCUUGGGUGCUCUGGGCUUGUGGCGUGUCCGUCGAAGGCAGGAGAAGCAUCGGGGUCUGCAUAGUGACCUGGGCGAGUCCAGCCUCAUCCUGAAGGCAUCCGAACAGGGAGACAGCAUGCUGGGGGACUUCCUGGACAGCGACUGCACCACCGGCAGUGGCUCUGGACUCCCCUUCCUGGUGCAGAGGACAGUAGCCCGGCAGGUUGCACUGGUGGAGUGUGUGGGAAAGGGCCGAUAUGGCGAGGUGUGGCGUGGUUCGUGGCACGGCGAGAGUGUGGCGGUCAAGAUUUUCUCCUCACGAGAUGAACAGUCCUGGUUCCGGGAGACAGAGAUCUACAACACAGUUUUGCUUAGGCACGACAACAUUCUAGGCUUCAUCGCCUCCGACAUGACCUCGCGCAACUCAAGCACGCAGCUGUGGCUCAUCACCCACUACCAUGAACACGGCUCCCUCUACGACUUCCUGCAGAGGCAGACGCUUGAACCCCAGUUGGCCCUGAGGCUAGCUGUGUCUGCGGCCUGUGGCCUGGCACACCUGCAUGUAGAGAUCUUUGGCACUCAAGGCAAACCAGCCAUCGCCCACCGUGACCUCAAGAGCCGCAACGUGCUGGUCAAGAGCAACUUGCAAUGUUGCAUUGCAGACCUGGGACUGGCUGUGAUGCAUUCCCAGAGUAGUGAUUACCUGGACAUUGGCAACAACCCCCGAGUGGGUACCAAGAGGUACAUGGCACCUGAGGUGCUGGAUGAACAGAUCCGAACAGACUGCUUUGAGUCGUACAAGUGGACAGACGUGUGGGCCUUUGGCUUAGUGCUGUGGGAGAUCGCCCGGAGGACCAUCAUUAACGGCAUUGUGGAGGAUUACAGGCCACCCUUCUAUGAUAUGGUACCUAAUGACCCCAGCUUUGAAGACAUGAAAAAGGUGGUGUGCAUUGACCAGCAGACCCCCACCAUUCCUAACCGGCUGGCUGCAGAUCCGGUCCUCUCCGGGCUGGCCCAGAUGAUGCGGGAGUGCUGGUACCCCAACCCAUCUGCUCGCCUCACUGCGCUGCGAAUCAAGAAGACAUUACAGAAGCUCAGCCACAGCCCAGAGAAACCCAAAGUGAUUCACUAGCCUAGGGCCACUGGACUUCCUCUUCCUGAAGUGUGUGGUGGGGCAGAAGAUGUAUACCCUAUCUGGGUAGAGAUAGUGUGAGUGCGUACGCUGCCCUGUGUGUGCCUGCCCAGCUUGGCCCCCAGCCCAUCCAGCCAAAAAUACAGCUGGACUGAAAUUCCA